ACUCCCCACCUCCCCGUUUCUCCGCCUCCCUCUCUCCCCAGUCCCCUCCUCCCUCAACUUUUCUUCUUGCUCAAGCUACUACGUUUCCGCUUCCAAACUAAUUGAUUUUUUUUUUUAAAAAAAAAGAAACUAGAGAGAGAGAGAGAGAGAGUGAGAGAUUUGACCUGAAGAAGAGGAUCGAUCGUCGAUCGAGCUAGGGUUCCGCUGCUUCUUCUUCUUUGUUUUCUCCGUGGCAUGAUCGAUCGGCGCCGGAGUUGGGGACGAUGAGCUGCAACGGGUGCCGAGUCCUCCGCAAGGGCUGCAGCGAGGCGUGCGUGCUCCGCCCCUGCUUGCAGUGGAUCGAGAGCGCCGAGGCGCAGGGCCACGCCACCGUCUUCGUCGCCAAGUUCUUCGGCCGCGCCGGCCUCAUGUCCUUCAUCUCCGCCGUCCCCGAGCCGGAGCGCCCUGCUUUGUUUCAAUCUCUGCUGUUCGAGGCGUGGCGGCGCACGAUCAACCCCGUGAACGGGCGUGGGGCUCCUGUGGACGGGGAACUGGCACUGUGCCAGGCCGCGGUGGAGACGUCCUCCGCGGGGUUCCCUGGCCCGCUCCCCGAUCUCGACGGCCUCUGCGCGCGCGCGCGCAGCCGCCGCGACGACGACGGCGGAGGCCUUACGCGCGGCCGAGGGGCGGGGCGCCUCACUUCUCCGCCGUGA